CGCCGAGACCGUCAGCUGACUUCCAGGCCGAAGAAGGGCUGGAGGGAGGGAGACAUCCUGAGGUGAAUGAGCUCCGAUGUUCCCGCUAAUCCUUUAACAGCCUCAAAAAAGACAAAAAUCGGGUUGUUUCGCGUUUAUUGCGGCGGAUCUUACUGAAGGAGGGAGAACCCACCAUGGCAUGUGAGGUGUGAGGAGCAGCCACCAUGAUUGGAGGACUGUUCAUCUACAACCAUAAAGGGGAGGUCCUGAUCUCCCGUGUGUACCGUGAUGACAUAGGGAGGAAUGCAGUGGACGCGUUCCGCGUGAACGUGAUCCACGCCCGGCAACAGGUGCGCUCGCCCGUCACUAACAUCGCACGCACCAGUUUCUUCCACGUAAAGCGCUCUAACAUCUGGUUGGCAGCCGUCACCAAGCAGAACGUGAACGCCGCCAUGGUGUUCGAGUUCCUCUACAAGAUGUGUGAUGUGAUGACGGCCUACUUCGGUAAGAUCAGCGAGGAGAACAUCAAGAACAACUUCGUCCUCAUCUACGAGCUCCUGGACGAGAUUCUGGAUUUUGGAUAUCCUCAGAACUCGGAGACCGGAGCACUUAAGACGUUUAUUACUCAGCAGGGCAUUAAGGGUCAGCAUCAGACGAAGGAGGAGCAGUCUCAGAUCACCAGCCAGGUGACGGGGCAGAUUGGCUGGCGUCGAGAGGGCAUUAAAUACCGCCGUAACGAGCUCUUCCUGGACGUGCUGGAGAGCGUCAACCUGCUCAUGUCCCCACAGGGUCAGGUGUUGAGCGCUCACGUUUCAGGUCGUGUAGUGAUGAAGAGCUACCUGAGCGGCAUGCCCGAGUGCAAGUUUGGCAUGAACGACAAGAUCGUCAUCGACAAGCAGGGGAAAGCUGGAGCGAGUGAUGAGACCGGGAAGAGCAGCGGGAAACAGUCCAUCGCUAUCGACGACUGCACCUUCCACCAGUGCGUGCGUCUCAGCAAGUUUGACUCUGAGCGCAGCAUCAGCUUCAUCCCUCCAGACGGAGAGUACGAGCUCAUGAGGUAUCGCACCACGAAGGACAUCAUCCUGCCGUUCCGAGUUAUUCCGUUGGUCCGUGAAGUCGGACGCACCAAGCUGGAGGUAAAAGUGGUCAUCAAGUCCAACUUCAAACCCUCUUUACUGGCACAGAAGAUUGAGGUUCGCAUCCCCACCCCUCUGAACACCAGCGGCGUGCAGGUGAUCUGUAUGAAGGGCAAAGCCAAGUAUAAGGCCAGCGAGAACGCCAUCGUGUGGAAGAUUAAGCGCAUGGCUGGAAUGAAGGAGUCUCAGAUCAGUGCUGAGAUCGAGCUGCUGCCCACCAACGAUAAAAAGAAGUGGGCUCGUCCUCCCAUUUCAAUGAACUUCGAGGUGCCGUUCGCUCCGUCCGGUCUGAAGGUUCGCUACCUGAAGGUGUUCGAGUCCAAGCUGAACUACAGCGACCACGACGUCAUCAAAUGGGUUCGCUACAUCGGCCGCAGCGGCAUCUAUGAGACGCGCUGCUGAGCGCGCUGCCAGCCGUCUCCCGUCCCUCACCU